AUGACUGAUCCUCAGAGCCAGGCUAACAAGUGGCUGAAGAACAUGGAGAAAUCCAACAGUCUCUAUGUCUUCAAGCUCGGUGACCCUGCUGAACUUCAUGAUCACCCCAGAAGGGAUGCAAGACCAGCUGGCAUUGUGGUGGCCAGAGAGAGACCUGACCUUGAGGAGGAGAAACAAGCCCUCAUCGUACAGGGGGCUGAGAACAAGAGACAACUGAAAGAAAUGGAGGAUAAAAUCUUAGAAGUGUUCUUUGCCUCAGAGGGAAACAUUUUAGAAGAUGAGACUGCUGUUCAGAUCCUCUCAUCUUCUAAGGUUCUGGUCAAUGAGAUCUCUGAGAAACAGGCCAUUGCCAAGGUUACUGAGCUGAAGAUUGAUCAGACACGCUUGGGCUACACCCCUAUUGCUGUCCACUCUGCAAUUUUGUUUUUCUCCAUCGCUGACCUGGCCAACAUCGAGCCCAUGUAUCAGAACUUUCAGAACUCGGUUCAUCAACCUCUUUAUCCUGUCCAUUGAUAAUUCCCCAAAAAGUGACAUUCUCGAACAAAGGU